AUGGUCUUAUUAGAUCUGAUACGUCAUAAAAUAUAUGAUGAAAGUUUUAAUUUCCAUUGCCAAAUCUUAGUUGAAUCACUGCCUUUCAUAUCAAAUCUCAAUACCGGUAGUAUCUAUAGAUGUUUGAUUAAUGCAAAUAUAAUAUAUAUCUUAAUUAUUGGUUGUGUGUUUGUAAGAUUGCAUUCCAAAGAAAGGCAAUUCAAUUUACGGCUGAUCAUAAUUUUAAAGUGCCUGAGCUCUCAGGAAAUGGGAGUCAUUUAUUCCUUCCAAAUCAAGGGAGGUAAAGCAUUAUUAAAGCUGAUAAUGCAACAGGCUGGAUCAACAGUAGAUAGUCAUUGGGCAGCAGGUGGAGGUGAUAAUCAUAACAGUUGGGGAGAAGAUGGUGGGUGGAGUCAGGGACCAAAGGUUACGGGUAGUGGCUGGACAGACACAGGUCCAUCUGAAAACGGCCAGGAUAUAGGCACUUGGCACAACCCACAACGUUCUGAUCAGAAUUGGAGUCAAACUACUAACAGUGUUAUUGUUGAUUCUACUGAUAAAGAAGCUUGGCCAUCAAUUAGGCCAGGUGAAACUGUCUCAGACUCGUGUGAUGAUAUUUCUUCAGCUAAUCAAUCCACUGUGAUAACCAGCUCAACUAAUCAAGGGCAAAAUAUUAACCUUUCAAACGUGUCUAGUGCCAUGCAGAGUCAAAGUGCUUCCAGUCCAUGGGGCGCACCAUCCACAUUCAGUGGUAUUGAAUCAAAUCCUUGGGGGUCAGGAAACUCCCCUAGUCCCUCCGCAUCCAACCAAAAUUCCUUAGGUUGGACCUCAUCUAAUCCGCAUCCAAGUCUUUCUGUGAACAACCAAGGACAUAAUAUGCAAACUGGUACCAGUUCUGCUGGUAGUGAUAAUAUAUCAAUUAGUAAAAACUUAAACCCAUCGUUAUCAUUAGGAUGGGCAUCCACCACCCAAGGGCAGGGUGUACAUCGACCACAGAAUUCCAUGCAAUUACCAACCUCAAACGGCAACAGUGUGCAUGGUAUGUUGCCUAGCAUAAGUGGUGCUCAACAAAGUGGACCUGCAGUAGGCUCAAGCAGAAGUACUUCAAAUCCAUGGCCAAGUAGCUCAUUUGGAGAACUCUCCAACUUUUCUAAGUCAAAUGAUUCUGGUUGGAGUACUUCUAAUGCUGUAAUGAAUAAUGGGGCAAGUGCUGGAAAGGACAGUCGUGGCAAUAAUGAACCCAAUACUGAUUCAGGAUCAAGUGUUUGGGGUAAAUCUAGCGGUUUUGGUGCCUCUGGUUGGGAUCAAAAUCCUAGCAACAAUAAACCACCAGUAUCAGGAUCUCAAUGGGAGAAUGGUAAUACAAAGUCACAGUGGGGUGAAAACCCAAGUGGUGCUGCAAAAAGUCAGGGAACAGGCAAUAAUCCAGAGCAGCUGUCAUGGGCUCAAGCUGCAUGUAAAGGCCUUCCACCAACUAGUAAUUCAGGUAAUGAUAAAAUUAUCCCAGAGCAACCAGUUUCUCAGCAAACAUUGGAAAUGGCACGUGUCAUAGAUUGUCAUGAUGGCUGGGGAAGAAAACCUGUGUGCCAGAAUUCGUCCUGGGAUUUAGAAGUUGCUAAAUCUUCUCAGACACCUAGAGUAGAUGAUGGUGGGGCAGCUAAUGUAUGGGAUAAUAAUAAUGGAACAGCGAUAUGGGAAUCUUCAAGAGAUAAUCAGAAUAGAGUUCCUGGAGGUUGGAAUGGGGCAACAAGUGGUCCCCAGUGGAACAAAGACAAAGAAUCAAAUCAAUGGAGUGGUCCUGGUGGUGGGGGAUCAGAAAAUAAUCCGAUGAGCGGAGGAGGUGGUUCUGAAGGAUCAAUUGGGAAUUGGAAUGUUCCAGACACUACAAAUCCAAAUGUAUGGGGAGGCAAGACAGAGACUGGUUCGUGGAAAGAUACCUCCUCUUGGGAAGAUACUAGACAGCAAGAUGGCACAGCUCAUUGGGCUGGAGGUGAAAUGGUGAAACCUAAGUCAUGGAGUAGUACACCAAGUACUCCUUCUACACCUAUUACACCUGGUAUUAUACAGAAAGAAGACUGGAAUAAGGGUGUCAAUCAAGUGAAUGCACCGGGCAGCCGACCUGGUGGAUGGGGUAAUCCCUCUAAUAGUGACAGAGUUGAUGAUGGUACCAGUAUUUGGGCUGGUAAUGCUCAACACCAGGCAAGAGCUAGUGGAUGGGGUGAUACUGGUAGUCAAUGGAAUCCAACUGUUGGUGCUAAAAGUAAAAGUAGUUGGGAUGAAGGAGACAGUUGGAAUUCUGCUAACAGAAAGCCAGACUGGACUGAUGAUAGAGGUGGCUGGGGGUGUGUAGAUGUAGGCUAUUGGAAUGAUGUUCCAAAUGAAAAUAGUACAUGGAGUAGUGCAUCAGGCUGGAAAAACAAACAAGCGGUGAAGAUGCCUGCCAAUAAAUUUCCCCCAUCAGUUGGAUUUCAUCCAAACAAUCAAAUGCGAGUUCGAUUAUUAGAACAACUUGUAUCAAUGGGCUUUAAAAAAGAAGAUGCCCAAAAUGCUCUGAUUAGCAAUAAUAUGAACUAUGAAGGAGCGCUAGCUGAACUAGCAAAUACUGCUAAGAAAGAUAAUGAUAUGGAUGUGUUUCACGCCAAAACCAAACCUGGAAUAUUACCUGAUAGUGGGCUCAACAACAUAUCAGAGAAUCAUUUGGAGAGCAAUCCACAUGUGCCUAACUUUCCCGUGCAAAAUACUCCUUUUCAAAAUGCUCAAGUACCAAAUCAGCCAUUUAUGUCCAUGUAUGAUCAGUCCAAACUUGGUAAUACAUUGCCAACGUCUAGUCCAAAUCCAAUGAACUCCAGUAUUAAUCCUGCAUUACAACCAAAAUUCAUGCCACAACAGAAGUUACCACAGCUUCAACAAGCACCGUCUUUAAGUCCCACCCAGGGCCCUAUGACACGUAGUCAAGCACCUGAUCUUAAUUCCACACACUUUCAGAUGUUCAGACAACAGUUGUUAAAACAAUUGAAUAUGGCAGUACAGUCAGGCCUAAUAAGUCCUCAAUUACUAGUCGCCCAACCAUUACCCCGUAAUAUACUUCAACUCUUACAACAACUACUAGAAUGUCAAAACUUCCUACAACAACUUAUCAAACAACAAGUUAUGGUGCAGAAAAACAAAGGGAUGCAACCAAAUCAACAACUUAAUACACCUAUGAUAGCAAAGAUCAAACAACAAAUACUGAACAUUCAAAAACAGAUCUCACAGGCUGAAGCCCAAAUUAAACCUUCACAGCCACAAAACCAAGAUGUAGUGUCCAUGAUACAAACUGAGUUGAACAGUUUAUCCAUAAAUAAUUCAACAAUGACUCCUCCACAACCUCAAUCUAGAUUAAACCAAUGGAAGACUGGAAAUGGUGACAAUGAUGCUGAUAACCUCAAUAAAGCUGUUGGUAGUAAACCAAUGCAUCAAUCUCAAUCAUCUCCUAACCUGGGUCGAUUUGAUGAGCUCAGUGGUUUAAAUAUAUCAGGUGAUACGACUUGGUCAACACAUGCUUCAUCCACCUCGCAGAAUUGGCCAUCCACCUCAGAGGGAACCACAAUUCAAGCGGAUUCAAAACCUAGCAUGGAUAACAAAGAAUCUCUUAAUUUAGCUACUUUAACUGACGUUAUUCCAGAAUUUAUUCCAGGCAAACCAUGGCAAGGUUUCAGUAACAAGAAUGUUGAAGAUGAUCCACAUAUUACUCCAGGAAGUUUUCAACGCUCAUUCAGUGUUAAUGUUGUUAAAGAUGAUGCUUUAGACAACUUAUCUGCUCAAAAGAAUAUGACUUCAUCAGAUUGGAGUAAGAGCACCAAUUCCAAGAACUGGUCAAUUGGAGAAGUAGGUGGAACUGAUUGGAAUAGUGGAAUACAUGGUACCAGUGGUAGACAACCUCCUGGCUUAUCUUUACAAGGCAAUAAAACCAACAACUGGCAACGUCAAAACUCAUGGGCUGGUCGCACAGAUAACUCAGCCUUUACACCAGUUGGUAAUUGGGAUAAGAAAGCGCACAGAAUAAUUAUCAAGAAUAUAUCCCAACAAACUGAUGGAAAUUUACUAAGAACAUUGUGCCUACAACAUGGUUCAUUAACUGGUUUUCAACCAAUACCACAAAUAGGAUGUGUAAUUGUUUCCUACUCAACUAAAGAAGAUGCUAUGAAGGCUCAAAGAGCUUUGAAUUCUCUACCUAUCAACAAUUCAACAUUAUAUGCUGAUUUUAUUAGUGAAGAAGAUGUUGAACGACUUGCUAGCAAUUCAACAAUUUCAAUGAAUUUAUCAACUACUAGUCAGUGGUCACAAAAUCACCAUCAACAGCCACAGCAGCAACAACUUAAUGUUGGUGGUAAUUCUAGUUCAACCUGGUCCACAACCCCAACCCCUUACUUACCUACAUCUGGUAGUGGUAAUAUGUGGAGUUCAGGUUUAUGGGGUGCAACAGCAGAUGAUCACAACUCCAACCCUCUCAAUAUUCUAGGAGGACAAUCUAUGUAA